AUGGAUACUUGUGUUGGUUUUGAUGGUGAAGCUAGUGGAGUUGAUAGCUAUAAUGGUGAACAAGAAAGUUGGGAGCCUGCAACAGGGAUGUCUUUUUCUUCUAUAGAUGAGGUGAAAUCAUUUUAUGGAAAGUAUGCUUCAAUAAAAGGUUUUGGAUGGAAGAUUAGAACAUCAAGGAAAGGAGAGGAUGGGAAGUUAAAUUACUUAAUGUUGUCAUGCUCAAGAGAAGGUCGUCGUGUGUCAGAAAUACCACGUACAUUGAAGACACUUCCAACUAAAGUGAAAAAUUGUCCUUCAAAGAUUACUAUUAAGUUGGCAAAAGAUGAACUAUGGUAUAUUAAAAAGUUUGAACCUAACCACUCUCACACAAUUAGCCCCACUAAGUCAAGGUUAUUCAAGGCAAACAAAAAUAUCAGCAUGCAUGUAAAGAGAACAAUCCAUAUCAACGAUGACGCAGGGGUGAGGAUCAACAAGACCUUUCAGACUCUUGUUCGAGAUGCCGGAGGUUAUGAAAAUGUAGCAUUUUUUGAAAGGGAUGUUAGGAAUUUUGUUAACAAGGAAAGACGUGUCAUUGGAAAAGACGGAGAUGCCAAAGCAUUGAUAAGCUAUUUUUGUCAAAUGAGGGAGCAAAAUACAAAUUUCUUCUACAAUAUAGAUUUGGAUGAUGAUUUUCAUGUACGAAACGUGUUUUGGGCUGAUGCAAGAAGUAGAACUGCAUAUGAAUCUUUUGGAGAUGUUGUUACUUUUGAUACAACAUAUUUGACCAAUAAAUAUGACAUGCCUUUUGCUGCAUUUGUUGGUGUGAAUCACCAUGGUCAAUCAACUUUACUUGGAUGUGGUCUACUUUCAGCUGAAGACACAGAAUCAUUUGUGUGGCUUUUUCAAUCUUGGCUUCGUUGUAUGUUAGGAAAGGCUCCUGCAGGUAUUGUCACUGACCAAUGUAAGGCUAUGCAAAAUGCGAUCGAGUUAGUAUUCCCUACUACUAGACAUAGGUGGUGUUUGUGGCAUAUAAUGAAAAAAAUCCCUGAAAAGCUAAGUAGAUAUGGUGAAUAUAAAAAUAUUACAUUUGCAAUGAAAGAAGCGGUUUAUGAUACAAUCACACCAACUGAGUUUGAAGAAAAAUGGUGUUCUUUUGUCAACAAAUUUAAGCUGGAACAUAAUGAUUGGUUGAGUGGGUUGUACAAAGAGUGUCAUAGAUGGGUGCCAAUUAUGUUGAAGAAAUAUUUUUGGGCUGGUAUGUCGACAACACAACGAAGUGAGAGCAUACAUGCUUUCUUUGAUGGAUAUAUCAAAUCGACAACCACUCUGCGUCAAUUUGUAAAGCAAUACGAUAAUGCUCUUAGAAGUAGAGCAGAAAAAGAAUUUGAAGCUGAUUUUCAAUCAAUGGAUACAAUUAUUCCUUGUGGGUCAAACUCGUUGAUCGAAAAGCAAUUCCAAGUUGAAUACACUCAUGCAAAGUUUAAGGAGGUUCAAGUUGAAUUCAGAGCUAAAAUGAAUUGUGUUCCCUCCUUAAAGACCGAGGAAGGUAACCUUGCUACUUACCAUGUGUUGGAGGAGAUGUUAGUUGGAGAUAGAACAAAAGAUCGUAUCGUUAAAGUUGUUUUUGAUCGUGGCAAUCAUGAUGUUAGUUGUGAAUGUUCAUUGUUUGAGUUUAGAGGUAUUUUGUGUCGUCAUGUGCUAUGUGUGUGUACUCAAGAAAGAGUUAAAAACAUGCCACUGAAAUAUGUUUUAGUAAGAUGGAGCAAAAAUGUUAAAAGGAAGCAUUCAUAUAUUAAGUGUAGCUAUAGUGUGACGGAAUUGAAGCCGCAAAUGGAUAGGUUUGACAACUUAUGCAAGCAUUUUUAUGAGGUUGCUGAAGUGGCUGCUGAUUUUGAAGAUGCAACUAAGGCUCUCCAUCAAAGACUUCAUGAAUUUAAAUCUAAUUUGUUAUGCAUGGUUGCUACAAGUAACAAUGUUAACAAAAGUUCUAACAAUGACUCAAAUCCAAAUAACAUUACUAGGAGGAAUGAAAAUAUGAUUACUGAGAUUCGUAGUCCAUUGCGAGUCACACGUAAAGGUCGUCCUCCAUUAAAUAGAAAAAUAUCAGCAGUUGAAAAAGUUGUGCAGAAAUGCAAGAAGCGGAGGACCAAUAAAAGGGGCGACAAAUUGACAACUAAGGUUGACGUUGUGACUGAUGGUGUUGUAAAUGUUGGAGGUAAUGCGUCAUUCACAGAUCUUUUAACAACAUCAGAAAUAGAUUUCACGGGAUCCUCAGAGUUCAGCACAAACUAG